AUAAAGAUGGUAUACUAAGAAUAGGUAGUAGACUAGUUAACGCAAAAAUUCCAUAUAAUCAGAAACAUCCAAUCAUUUUACCACCCAAACAUCACGUCACAAAAUUAAUCCUCACACGCGAGCAUUUACGCUUGCUACAUGCUGGUUGCAACACAACCCUUUAUUCUAUACGCAAGCGAUAUUGGCCGUUAUCAGGAAAAAGAUUACUGAAAUCAAUUAUAAAACAAUGCAUUCGGUGUUUUAAAGUAAAACCUGUCAGUCCGUAUUACCUAAUGGGAAACGUACCUGCUACGCGCGUUACCCCAGCGCGUCCGUUUUCUGUAUGCGGCAUUGAUUAUGCCGGUCCUUUUCUCAUUAAAGAAAAAACAAGAUCAAAGGUUACAUUGAAAGCAUAUCUUUGUUUAUUCGUAUGUUUUUCGACUAAAGCAGUUCAUUUAGAAUUAGCAACAGAUAUGACUACCGAAUCAUUUUUGAAUUGUUUGAGACGAUUCAUCGCGCGUCGCGGCCUUUGUCACACGAUAUAUUCGGAUAAUGGUACAAACUUUGUCGGGGCACGCAACGAGCUCUUAGAUUUAAACAAAUUAUUAAAAGACAAGAAAUUUCAUGACCGUGUAGAAACAUUUCUGAGUAAUAAUAACAUUCAAUGGCACUUGAUACCUCCUCGGGCUCCACAUUUCGGAGGAUUGUGGGAAGGAGCAAUUAAAUCCACAAAGUAUCACUUAAAAAGAAUUAUCGGCGAAACCAGAUUAACUUAUGAGGAAAUAUAUACAGUAUUGACUCAAAUCGAGGCAUGUCUGAAUUCCCGUCCCUUGUGUCCUCUCUCCGAUGAUCCAACAGAUCUAUCCCCUCUCACUCCUGGACACUUCUUAAUAGGCGAUUCACUCACUGCAUUUCCCGAACCUGAUUUGCGUCAUGUAAAGGAAAAUCGUCUCAGCCGUUACCAGCAUCUACAAAGUAUGUUACAGCAUUUCUGGCAGCGAUGGCAAGCAGAAUAUCUGCACCAGUUACAACAACGUAACAAAUGGCGAGCAAAAUCACCAACCAACUUUGGACCAGGGACAAUGGUCUUGAUCAAGGAUGACAAUGUUCCACCACUCAAAUGGAGAAUGGGACGAAUCCUUGAGUUACAUCCCGGAGCUGACAACAUUACACGGGUGGUGUCAAUCAAAGCUGCAGAAGGUGUAAUCAAACGACCCCUGACGAAAAUAUGCAUCCUACCAAUGGAACAACCACUAGAUGCUUUACCAGAAAAACAAUCGACAAAUCACUCCAUUUAA